CAAAUCGAUAGCUACAGUGAAUUUCGUACAGAUUUUUCAUUGUGACUUUUGACUAGUACUCUGGAUACAUGCAAUCGGAUUUUCUGUACAACACUGUUACCUUAUAUGACGGACGAAAAAUAAUUCCUUAAGGGAUCAGGCAGCGCCUUCUUCCGGUGGGCUUGAUUCUUUUAAAGGAAAUUAAUUGCUGCACAAUACGCUGAUAUCCUCCAGCUAUAACAUGCAGUACACAUAAAUGGAAUCAACCAUUGGUCAAGCACACUACGAGAGAACUAAAGCGAUACAGGUUUAUUAGUUUCCAGCAAAAAUUCUCACACAUUUAGUCUUGGAUACAAAUUUCUUUUAUAUUCUUUCAUCUGUUCUUGACGUACGUAUUUCCUGGAAACCAAAUUCUAAUUUUCUGUGCCCAUGCCUUGCAUGUAGUUAAGCGGAAAGACAAAAUACUCUCCGAAAUUGGAAAUACAAAUUGUUUUGUUAGCAACAGACGUCAGUAAAGCGUCUGAUGAAACCGAUUAAUGGAAUUUUCGCGCGCUCUGUUCUACAAACCGUGAAACUGGAUAAAGUCAAUCGUGUAUCUGACGAUUCAAAGUAAAUUACUGUCAACAGUGGUAGCAGAUUGCUACGAAUAGUAUCAAGAUAAAACGGAAUCUCUGCUGAAAAUUGGCACGGUCGUAAGCAGUUGGGUUUGACAGCAUGGAGAAUGUAAAUAAUAUUAUUGAUAUGACUUGAUAGUGCGUAAUAAAUGGAAACAGAUAAGACACCGGGGCAUCAGAUGUAGUGGAAAUAGUACGGAAAAUAAAUGUGUUAAUUUGAUCGCUGAAAGAUCUAUUUAAAUUCAAACAGUGCUUAAGUAUAAGAAAAUUGGAAAAGGGAUAGAAAAAAGUUCUAGGAAAUAAUACAGGAAAAUUAAACGAAUUAUUACACGAAUAGCGGAUUAUUUUUUAUUUCACGCGGAAACAACUGUGUUUAACAACGAGGAAAAUUGGACGAAAAUGCACGAGUUAAUUUAAGAUAGGCUGAAAAGGAUAAUGUAGGUAAUUGAAAUUGAAAGUAAUCUACGUCAGCUUCAUUAAAGAGAAUCAAUGUCAACGUUUUUAAAGAGAAAUUAGGUCAGCGUGUGUGCAAUGCAGUAUGACAAGUAGUAUAAGUGCCAAUCGAGUGACUGAUUCAAGUCUUUCAAUCAAAUACACCCCAUGUGCUAAAGACGAACAGACGGACGAAGAUGAACUGGAGGAGAUAUCAAUUAUUGAUGAUAGACAAGAUGGCGACCAAAGUGUCAGCCUUAUCAGUAAAACAGAGGAUGACCACUCUGAGAAUGAUGAUGACAUGCACGAAAUCCCCGACCCGGACAGCGAGAAAACAGAUAUUGAAAUCAAUGGACCAAAACUUCUCCCUGGUUCCGCUAUCAGUAUUACGUCAUCGCCGAAUGACAGAACAAAAUUAAUAGGAGAAAGGCUAAGUUCGAGAACUACACUGUCGUCACCUGUAAAUAGUAAAAUUACUGACCCUAAAUACAGGUCAAGAACUACAUCGAGACAAAGCAUUUUCGAAUUAGUUCGUGUAAGAACAUCCCGAAAACCGUCACGUGACGAUCAUUUCAAUCUAAUGAAAAAAGUCCGAUCCAAUGAAACUGUUGCUUCUAAAGGUGUGCGAAAACAGAGACGAAAAGAGAUCCAAACUCGUUUUGGUAAGAAAAGUGUGCGGUCUGAUAACAGGUUUGAAACAAGUACACAAGUGUCAGACCACGACGGGUGUAACUGGACUUUUGUGUUUGACCCCUCGGGUCGGCUCAGCUACUGGUGGUCAUCCAUAGUAAGCAUUGCAUUUAUUUACAACUUUUGGGUUAUAAUAUACAGGUUUGCAUUUCAAGAGAUCAACCAACACAACAUGUCCGUCUGGUUUGGUAUGGAUUAUCUAGCAGAUUUUAUUUAUGUUUUGGAUAUUGCAUUCCAUUUUAGGACGGGGUAUUUAGAAGAUGGUGUGUUACAAACUGACUCGACAAAGUUACGCAUACAUUAUAUGAAUACGACCAAUUUCUAUAUAGAUUGUUUAUGUCUACUGCCAUUAGAUUUUUUGUAUUUGUCCAUAGGAUUUUGCUCAAUUUUACGUUGUUUUCGAUUAGUGAAAGUGUACAGAUUUUGGACGUUUCUAGAUCGAACAGAAAGGCAUACCAAUUACCCUAAUGUUAUAAGAACUACAACGUUGAUGCAUUAUUUACUAGCAUUGUUUCAUUGGAACGCAUGUUUGUAUUAUAUAGUUGCUACAAGAAUAGAAAAUCAUUCCAACACUUGGAAUUUUCCAAAGGACAAUGGUGACGUCAUGCGUCAAUAUCUGCACGCGCUUUAUUGGAGUACGUUGACGUUAACAACUGUUGGCAAUCUACCAAUGCCGCUUACAAAUGGAGAUUACGCUUUCGAGAUAUUUGAAAUGGUAUUCGGAUUACUUCUGUUUGCAACCGUCCUUGGACAUAUAUCAAAUAUUGUGUCGUGUAUAAGCGCGGCAAGAAAAGACUUCCAAGCUAAACUUGACAACGUAAAAACUUACAUGUCCUUACGGCGCGUUCCAUUGCGACUUCAAGACCGUGUGAUAAAAUGGUUUGACUAUUUAUGGAUGUGCAAUAAGUCGACAGAUGAAGAAAGAACACUAAGCCUACUCCCUGACAAACUCAAAGCGGAAAUAGCUAUACACGUACAUUUGGAUACAUUAAAACGUGUAGAAAUAUUUCAACAAACUGAAGCCGGGUUCCUUUGUGAACUGGUAUUACGGCUUAAUCCAGUGUUAUUCUCACCUGGGGAUUAUAUAUGCAGAAAAGGCGAAGUGGGUAAAGAAAUGUAUAUAGUGAACAGAGGUAGGCUACACGUGGUAGGUGACAAUGGUAAAACAGUUUUAGCUACUCUAAAACCAGGAAGCUACUUUGGCGAAAUCAGUAUUCUCAACAUGGGUACUUCCGGAAAUAGACGAACAGCUUCGGUCCGCUCCGUUGGUUAUUCCGACUUGUUCCGUCUAUCGAAACAAGAUCUCUGGGAUGUGCUGAAAGAAUAUCCUGCAGCUCGAAUCAAAUUAGAAUCUAUAGCAGUAAUGCGGCUCAAGAAAACUGAGAAGAAGCCUAUAGAAACAGUUGACUUGAAACGGAGCAAGAGCACACCUGGCUUAGUAGAGUCUUCGGGAAAGGUACCAAUGCAGGCUUCUUCAAUAACACGUCACCAUACCCUUCCCGCUGGUCUUCCAACACAUAGGUCUUCCAUAGAUCCUCAACACUUACCUUCGCAUGAGGUAUAUAUAGCCAGUUCAACCGAAGCUCAAACUUCCGAAGAAUCUCCUUGUCAAACUCAAUCUGGCCAACAGCAAGCAGAACAUCAGGAAACGCAAAUUCGAACUGUUUCUAGUGUGACUUCAUUCUUGACGGGAUCACCAUUGGUUACGUCCCCUCUUCCAGUGGACAAUCAGGCGCCAAUGUUUCAUUUUAGUCCUCCUUUAACGCCGGGUCCUCCGAUGCAGUUUGCAUCACCAUAUCAUAUCCAACAUAAUCCAAACAUUGCUGGUAAUAUGUGUGCUCCUGGUACGGAAUUCAUACCACGUGAUAUGUCACAUGACUAUGGUAUUCGCGCACCUGCUCAAUUUCCCCAAGCAUAUUUUCCUUACACUCAUUAUACACAACCUAUUCCUUCAACUGGAGUAAACACUGCGAACACUCAACAACAUAUGGCAUUUUUAUCUCCGUUUUGUGCCUCAUCUGGAUAUGUUCCUCCGGUCUCACCAAACUCAUUUCAAACAAGAACAGGCAUUCCUUCGGUCAGUCCAACACAACAAAAUUCCAACGCUACAAUGCGUAGAGGCUCAGCGCAACAGACAAUGGAUGGACAUACUCCAAGUAGUUCCGCGCAGAUCUUUAGCGAUGCGUCACAUGACACGCUGGUCCAAGAAAUAACCCGUCUCAGGGAACGAUUGAAAUCUGUAGAAUCUGAGAACGUCGUGAUGGCGGCAAAAUUGAAUCAGCAACAGUGGGAACUCGAGCACAGGUUAUCUGAACUAGAAAUGCAGAUGACCUGUACCAGUGAUAUGGCAAGCACGGGUAGCACCGACGAUCCUUCAAAUCCUUUUGAAAAUAUAAGCCGAGAAUCCAUUAUCUGAAUCGGUACUUUAUUAAGUAUUCAGUCUUAAAUACGUUUCCAUGUGUCUCUUUGAAUUCGUCACAUGUAUAUAUAAAUACAGUCUGCUGUAAUAUUUCGUUAAUCCAUUAUAACUGGACUCAGUGCCGUUUGAUAUAACAGGCAUUUGUAGGUUUUUGUAUUUUUUUUAAAUUCCAUGCAUUAUAAAAACGUCUCCAUUAAAGAAAAACUUCAACUCCGUACCCUGUAAGAUCACUGAUUUUUCACUGCCAGUCAUUUAUAUCUGGUUUCAAUCAUGAAUGUAAUUUUAUUUAAACCAGAAAAGAAAGAUUUUGAAAAAAAAAAUUAAUAAUUUUACAUAUGUGUGACUAGAACCUUAAGUGUACGUAAUUUUAUUGACAAUAUUCUUUAAAUUGAAUGGAACAUUGUGCGCCAGCUUGUAAGUCGUAGAGAUAUUUUAACAUAAUUGUAAUACUAAUACAUACUAGGUAUGAUUAUACGGGUAUAUGUCUGCAGCGAGAAAUGCUCCAAGCAAAUAUUAGAAAGUUAAUAGGAAACUACUUCAAAACUGACAGUGAAUUAUUGUGAAGGAAGGAGCAAGCGUUUUUACAAGCAACAUGUUCGUUGCGGGAUGUAUUUGUACUGCUGCUACAGAGGCCUACUGAUAAUAGUACAUAUCUUACUUGUACAAACCAUUUGAAUUUUAUCAAGAUGUACUGAUACAUACACGCAACUAAAGCCAUUGUAAAUAACUGCGAUGAAAAUUAACUGUAUAGGCCUAGAGAAAUCAAGAGGUUGUGACCAAUUCAGGCUUAUUUUUGACAAUUUGUAUUCCUUUUUACUUUAUCAAUUAAGAUAGAAACCUUUUUACUUUGAUUUUAGCUUGUAUUUAAUAAAGCAUAGUUUAUCUAUAAAUUUCUAAUUAUACCACAUUCCAUAAUACUGAGAUAUACAAAUGUGAUAUUAUCAAGAAAACAAAAACAGAAAAAACGGAAUUGCAGAUUUUUUCCCUUUUUCUUUUAAUAUUUAGCUAUCUUAUAUAUAUAAAUCUUGAGUCAUACUAAUGUUGCAGUCGUUGAGAAGUCAACAAAGACGGGACCAAAUUUAAGGCUAUGAGUAUUAACCUGUUUUCCUUUAAUAUUUCAGAUGAAACAAGUCAAGUUAUUUACAUCUUAUUUGACCCGUGCCAUGAGAAAGCCAAUAUAGUGGGUGUGCGACCAGCACGGAUCCAGACCAGCCUGCGCACCCGCGCUGUCUGGUCAGGAUCCAUGCUGUUCGCUAACAGUUUCUCUAAUCCCAAUAGGCUUUGAAAGCGAACAGCAUGGAUCCUGACCAGACUGCGCAGAUGCGCAGGCUGGUCUGGAUCCAUGCUGGUCACACACCCACUAUGUUGGUUUUCUCAUGGCACGGCUCAUUUGUUUUUUUCCAGUUGUUUCCAGUGUGCCACUUAUGUGUUAAUAUUGUUAGCAUGAAGCAUGAUGCUGCUAUUUUUCAACUUUUACUGCUGAACUAUUGUUGAAUUAUGAUUCUGUGGAAACUCGUCUCCAUAUAAGUCAGACUUGUUGAUUUAUUACCUGGCCAUUUUACUUUAUACUAUUUUGUCUUCCAGAUCUGUGAUCUUUAGAUCUGUUUUUGCACCCCCACCCCCGAAUGAGGGUAUACUUGUUUCAGGUUGUCUGUCUGUCCGUCCGUCCGUCCGUCUGUCCGAAGACACAAUCUUGUGCGCACCAUCUUUCCUCAUCCUACUGACGCAAUUUAAUGAAACUUCACACAAGUGAUCAGUAACAACAGUAGUUGUGUAUGGGAUAUGUUACGUUCUUCCAGAUUUUUGUGUAGUUUUGCAGAGUACGGGACUUUAUUUUUUGUACUAUACUAUAUACAUAGACACAAACUUGUGCGCACCAAAUCUCCUCAUCCCCUUAACACAAUUUAAUGAAACUUAACACAAGUGAUCAGCAACAACAGUAGUUCUCCAUGGGGCAUGUAAGGUUCUUUCAGAAAAAAUUGCAGAGUUACGGGACUUUGAUUUCUGUUACUAUUCUAUAUACAUUUAGUCUGCAUAUGUAAUCUUGUGCGCGCCUUAAUUAACUCCUGAACCCAUGCACACAAUUAAAUGAAACUUAAUUCAAGUGAUCGGUAGUAACCCUAGUUGUGCAUGAUGCAUGUUAGGUUCUUUCAGAAAAAAUACUGCAUAGUUAUAGGGCAUUGUUUUUGUUAGCAUACUAUAUACAUGCAGUCUGCGCAUAUGCAAUCUUGUGCGAGCCUUCUCUUCCGAACACUUGCACACAAUUCAAUGAAACUUCACACAAGUGAUCAGUACCAACCCCAGUUGUGCUUGGUGCUUUUAUAUAAAUAUUCUGCAGAGCUAUGGGACUUUGUUUUUGUUACUGUACUGUAUACAUACAGUCUAAAUACACACAGUCUACAUAAUUAUGCAAUCUUGUGUGUGUCAAAUUGCAGUGUACUUUGUCAGUGCAUGCGGGGGUACAUUCAUCUUCUUUAGCGAUAGCUCUAGUUGUCUUUCCUUUACUAAAAAUAAUGUAUGAAUGAAACGCCUAAUUUCUUCAAGUUAUUUUCAAAAAGUGUUAUAUGUAUGUUACAAUAUACGUACUAUUUUAUGAGUGUACAAAUAUACAAGCUGUUGCAGCUUAAACGACUUAAUCUGCACAUAGAAAUACGCAAUAAUAUGUAACUUAAAAUAAAUCAAAUAUUGAAAUAAUCAUGGGCAUAAGGUACUAAGUUUAUAUUUUAACAGGAAAAGGAAAAUUUAAUUUCAUUUUUUAUAGUUUUGUCUUACUUUGUCUUUAACGAAAUAUUAUUACUUUCUUAAAGCUAGAAUCACACUGCCCCUGAUGGGCUUGCGGAUGAGUUCCGGAUAGCAUCCGUAACGCAUCCGUAGAACUCACAACUAAUUCUUUUAAGUCAUCCGGUAUAUUCGUUCAGAAAUCGUGGGCAUCCGGGAGCAAGGGUGCACUCAAAAUUUUGCCACAGAUAAUAUAUCCGUAAGGAAACCAUAACAGUUCUGAAACAGAUCUUAAAAGAUCGCAACAGUCCCGAAGACAAUCACUGUGGUCAAAACAUACGAGCUAUUACGGUUUCAUUCCGGUUCUAAUAAGGUUAAUUAAGGUUCUGUUACGAUUGCAUUAGAAAUUUAUAACGGUUCCAAAUUUGCAAAACCAUUUUUAGCUCACCUGUCACGAAGUGACAAGGUGAGCUUUUGUGAUCGCGCAGCGUCCGUCGUCCGUGCGUGCGUCCGUCCGUCCGUGCGUAAACUUUUCCCUGUGACAUCUCUAGAGGUCACAGUUUUCAUGGGAUCUUUAUGAAAAUAGGUCAGAAUGUUCAUCUUGAUGAUAUCUAGGCCAAGUUCGAAACUGGGUCACGUGCCAUCAAAAACUAGGUCAGUAGGUCUAAAAAUAGAAAAACUUUGUGACCUCUCUAGAGGCCAUAUAUUUCAUAAAAUCUUCAUGAAAAUUGGGCGGAAUGUUCAUCUUGAUGAUAUCUAGAUCAAGUUCGAAACUGGGUUACGUGCCAUCAAAAACUAGGUCAGUAGGUCUAAAAAUAGAAAAACUUUGUGACCUCUCUAGAGGCCAUAUAUUUCAUAAGAUCUUCAUGAAAAUUGGUCAGAACGUUCACCUUGAUAAUAUCUAGGUCAAGCUCGAAACUGGGUCACGUGCCUUCAAAAACUAGGUCAGUAGGUCAAAUAAUAGAAAAACCUUGUGACCUCUCUAGAGGCCAUAUUUUUCAUGGGAUCUGUAUGAAAGUUGGUUUGAAUGUUCAUCUUGAUGAUUUCUAUUUUAAAUUUGAAACUGGGUCACGUGCAAUCAAAAACUAGGUCAGUAGGUUUAAAAAUAGAAAAACUUUGUGACCUCUCUAGAGGCCAUAUAUUUCACGAGAUCUUCAUGAAAAUAUGUCAGAAUGUUUAUCUUGAUGAUAUCUAGGUCAAGUUUGAAACUGGGUCACGUGCCAUCAAAAACUAGGCCAGUAGGUCAAAUAAUAGAAAAACCUUGUGAUCUCUCUAGAGGCCAUACUUUUUAUGAGAUCUGUAUGAAAAGUGGUCUGAAUGUUCAUCUUGAUGAUGUCUAGGUCAAGUUCGAAAAUGGGUCACGUGCCAUUCAAAACUAGGUCAAUAGGUCAAAUAAUAGAAAAACCUUGUGACCUCUCUAGAGGCCAUACUUUUCAUGGGAUCUGUAUAAAAGUUGGUCUGAAUGUUCAUCUUGAUGAUGUCCAGGUCAAGUUCGAAAAUGGGUUACGUGCCGUUCAAAACUAGGUCAAUAGGUCAAAUAAUAGAAAAACCUUGUGACCUCUCUAGAGGCCAUAUUGUUCAUGGGAUUUGUAUGAAAAUUGGUCAGAAUGUUCAUCUUGAUGAUAUCUAGGUAAAGUUUGAAACAGGGUCAUGUGCGGUCAAAAACUAGGUCAGUAGGUCUAAAAAUAGAAAAACCUUGUGACCUCUCUAGAGGCCAUACUUGUGAAUUGAUCUCCAUAAAAAUUGGUCAGAAUGUUCAUCUUGAUGAUAUCUAAAUUAAAUUUGAAAGUGGGUUACGUGGCUUCAAAAAGUAGGUCAAUAGGUCAAAUAAUGAAAAAACGUUGUGACCUCUCUAGAGGCCAUAUUUUUCAUGGGAUCUGUAUGAAAGUUGUUCUGAAUGUUUAUCUUGAUGAUAUAUAGGUCAAGUUUGAAACUGGGUCAACUGCGAUCAAAAACUAGGUCAGUAGAUCUUGAAAUAGAAAAACCUUGUGACCUCUCUAGAGGCCAUACCCUUGAAUGGAUCUUCAUGAAAAUUGGUCAGAAUAUUUAACUUGAUGAUAUCUAGGUCAAGUUCGAAAUUGGGUCACGUGCCUUAUAAAACUAGGUCAGUAGGUCAAAUAAUAAACAAACCUUGUGACCUCUCUAGAGGCCAUACUUUUCAUGGGAUCUGUAUGAAAGUUGGUCUGAAUGUUCAUCUUGAUGAUAUCUAGGUCAAGUUUGAAACUGGGUCAACUGCGGUCAAAACUAGGUCAGUAGGUCUAAAAUUAGAAAAAUCUUUUGACCUCUCUAGAGGCCAUAUUUUUCAAUAGAUCUUCAUGAAAAUUGAUCUGAAUGUUCACCUUGAUGAUAUCUAGGUAAGUUUCAUAACUGGGUCACGUGCGGUCAAUACUAGGCCAGUAGGUACAAAAAUAGAAAAAACAUUGUGACCUCUCUAGAGGCCAUAUUUUUCAUGAGAUCUUCAUGAAAAUUAGUGAAUGUUCACCUUGAUGAUAUCUAGGUGAAUUUCAAAACAGGGUCACGUACCUUCGGAAACUAGGUCAAUAGGUCAUAUAAUAGAAAAACCUUGUGACCUCUCUAGAGACCAUAUUUUUCAAUGGAUCUUCAUGAAAAUUGGUCAGAAUUUUUAUCUUGAUAUUAUCUAGGUCCAGUUCAAAACUGGGUCACAUGAGCUCAAAACCUAGGUCACUAUGUCAAAUAAUAGAAAAAAAAACGACGUCAUACUCAAAACUGGGUCACGUGGGAAGAGGUGAGCGAUUCAGGACCAUCAUGGUCCUCUUGUUUUUCUAACACACCCGGAGCAAUCCGGGGAUGGGAAUCCAGAACUCAUCCGCAAGCCCAUCAUAGGCAGUGUGAUUCCAUAUUGCAUUGCUUCCUUUUAUUUAUAUUAAGCCAUGUUCUAGAAGCUUCGCGUUCAUAUUAUAAUUUAGCAAUAACAUUUCACAAACAUUUAACUCGUAACUCGUCCGUAUGAGAACUCUGCCUUGCUUUGGAGUGUCCAGUUAUUUUUUGUUCAAUCAAAUACUGAUAAUCUACGUAAUCGUUUCAACCGUCUGCCACUCAUAACCAAUAAGAUUAUUUUGGUUAGUACUUUUGGCCUAUAUUGUAUAUUGCAAAAUAAUCCAUCGCUUCGAAUUUUUAUGUUAAGUUUCAUAAUUGUUACAUGUUUUGUCAUUUUUUUUUCAUUCAUAUUCUGUGACAGCAUUUUGAUCGAAUUUCAAUAUAUUAUUCUGUAAAUACUAGUAUUUUACUACUGCAUAUGAGAUGUUAUCAAAUGAUCUAUUAUCUAGUUAAUAAACAAAACAACAGUGCAUCAGUU